UGUCAGUUUCCACUGAACCAUCAGCAUUGCAUUUUUCAAACAACUGAAUUAAGAGCUCGCCACAAAGGUAGUGCAGCCUGAUCACUGAAAUUGGACCGGAAUAGUUCUAAAUUUUGGAUUUCUCCAUGCUUAUCAGCCACACGGGGCUGUAGCCUGGAGAGAAGGAAGGAUUUUUGUAACUAAAAUGAGCUCAGUGCUGCUUUACGCUUAUUGCAAUUGACAGCGUCUGCAGUUCUUUUCAAGAUGGCCGCUUGGCUCGCAUUCAUUUUCUACUGAUCGACUCCUAACUUUCAUUGUCUAUCCAUCGCCUAUCUCACCAACCCGCACCAGAGUUUCUGGGACUGCCUUCCAUGACAAUGCAUCGAACAACAAGGAUCAAGAUAACGGAGCUAAACCCUCAUUUGAUGUGUGUACUUUGUGGUGGAUAUUUCAUAGACGCAACAACCAUAAUAGAAUGUCUACACUCAUUCUGUAAAACAUGCAUUGUUGGGUAUUUGGAAUCCAGCAAGUAUUGUCCAAUCUGUGAUGUCCAGGUUCAUAAAACCAAACCUCUUCUUAAUAUUAGGUCAGAUAAGACUCUGCAAGACAUUGUGUACAAACUGGUACCUGGUCUCUUCAAAAAUGAAAUGAAACGACGGAGAGAUUUCUAUGCUGCUCACCCUUCAAUAGAUGCUACCAACGGAUCCAAUGAAGACAGAGGAGAAGUUGCCGACGAAGACAAGAGAAUUAUCACCGAUGAUGAAAUCAUCAGCCUGUCCAUUGAGUUCUUUGAUCAUAGCAAGGCAGAAAAGCAAGGCGCCGCAGAAAAAGACAAACCAAAAGAAGAGGUGAAUGACAAGAGAUAUUUGCGCUGCCCUGCAGCCAUGACAGUGAUGCAUUUAAGAAAGUUUCUCCGAAGUAAGAUGGAUAUUCCUUGUACAUUUCAGAUUGAAGUCAUGUAUGAGGAUGAGCCACUGAAAGAUUAUUACACACUGAUGGACAUUGCCUAUAUUUAUACCUGGAGAAGGAACGGGCCCCUCCCUCUGAAGUACCGCGUGCGGCCCAGCUGCAAACGGCUGAAGGUGAACCCCGCGCACGAAGGGCUCCCCGGCCCGCGCUCGGAGAUGGAGAGCGACUCGGGCAGCGACAAGGCCAGCAGCCCCGCCGGAGUCCCUUCCACCUCCUCCUCCCUGCCCAGCCCCAGUACCCCGGUCCAGUCCCCCCACCCCCACUUCCCCCACAUCUCCACCACCGUCAACGGAACGAGCGCCAAUCCCAACCCCAUCCGACCGCCCCCCUUCUGCAGCAAAGCUCGCAAAACCUCCCUCAACGGCUCCUCCACGUCUUCGGGAUGACUUUGACGCGCCCGCCCCCCCCCCCCCCUCCCGCCAACGCCACAUCACUCAGCUCUUUCCAUGCCAAUUCUGCUCUGUAGUAGAAGCUUUUAUAUAUAUAUAUGUGACAGUUUCUAGUGGGAGUCGCUUCAAUAGAAACUUACAGACAUGUAUUUUCUAUUUUGUACUUACUGUGACUGCAGCCAAAACAAAAACAAAAAGCACAGCAAGUCCCCUUUUGGAGGAGGGUUCGACGUGGAACGAUGCCAGAGCGUUUACAGGAAAGCUCGAGAAGGGCUUUUUCUGGGUGAAAAUGGGUGUUAAUCGAAGAGGCUGUGAGAGACCCUUUUUGUACAGUCUAUUUUUUUUUUUUUGUUCAUGGUUCAAUAGCUUCAAUCAAGACAUUUGAUUUGCCUCUACUUAAAGUGUACAACUGCGAUUUUUUUGACCUUCUAAACCGCAUCAUCAUCACCAUCAUCGGAGGAGGAGGAGGAGGAAGAACAGGAUGAAGCCAGGCGUGAAGUUGUGUGUUCCCGGCAACCGAUACUUUGAACUGUAAAACAUUCCCUAUAUCAUACUCGACGGGCGUUGCGACUUUAAAGGGAAAAAAAAAUCGAAAUAUAUAUUCAGAUAUUUGCAAUCUUCUGACCUAAAGCGGGUACAUGUUGGAGAAAAACAGAAAAGGAGCAGUUUGUUUUUUUAGUAUGCCACACUGCAUACUACUAUAUAUCCUAAUUAGAGGCAGUAUUAUGAGAUGUAUUUAUAGAGCGUAUUAAUAAGAAACAAAGGACAACUGCUAGGACACAUUCAAGUGUUGCUUUAAAGCUAUUUCAAUUUUAAUAAGCUGAGUUCUUUUUAUUGCUAGCGGGACUCUGUUUCAGUCUAAGAGAUGGUUCUUCAUGUUUGUGCCACUGCCACUGAGGUGUGGCCUGGCUGGUAUAAUAUUACACAACCUAGGUGUUAGGUGUGAAAGGAAGGGACGACAUUGAUCCUCUAAAAGAUGUGUAGACCUAUGUAUAACCUACAUAAAGACCUUCAUUUCAUGUUAGGAAACUGUUUUGUGGUGUUUAUUCCACAGUGUUUGAAAUAUCUGUAUUGGUCGAUUGUAUGUAAAACUAUUGUAUUGUUACUGUUGCACAGUAUAAAAAGUCUAUCUAAAUAAACAUUUUACAUUUUUGAUUACUUUUAACACUACUAAAUUUGGAAG